AUGACCGCGAUAUUCCCCUUAAUCCGCCCGAGACGCGGCUUGUCCCUUCUCUGUAUCAUCGCUUGUCUGUCCUGCAGCGUCAUUCUCGCCAUCUGGUAUGGCAUGAACUCCGAUCGCGACUACAUCCAUCCCAUCCUCACGCAAUUGAUUCCCGCUGGCCACUGUGCCUGUCAAACCUCCACCACCUUCCAAUGCUCUACCUGUCUCUCCUGUCCCGACGCCGGCGUCGAAAUCACAUCCUCCCCUCGGUGGAACUUCGACUACUCUCGCGACGCCCGCAAUGAGGCCCUUGACCACAGGCAAUGCGACGCUGCCUUCCCGGGCCUGUUCGAAGAUGUCGUGCGCGGUCAGAAAUACUGGCGCUCCCUCAACGGCUUGGUGACCGAGGACCUCGACGCCAUUCACCUGCAACCGGGCAUGGCGCGCGUUUUUAUUUCACGGGGCUACCUGCACAUCGUUGCUGCACGCGCCAAUGGUGAGGACCACCGACGGAAAAUUCUGGGAGUGCUGAGCUCGAUCCACCGCGCGCUGGCCGCCGACCAGGAUCGUGCCUCGCGCCGCGACAUCGAAUUUGUCUUCUCGGUGGAAGACAAAGUGGAGGACGUGACCAAUUCGGAAUAUCCCGUCUGGGUCUUUGCGCGCACUCCGACGGAGGAGGGCGUCUGGCUCAUGCCGGACUUCAGCUUCUGGGCCUGGGACAAUCCCAACAACUACAUCGGUCCCUAUGACCAGGUGGUCGAUCGCAUCAAACGAUUGGAUCUUCCCUGGGAUGAGAAGAAGCCGCAGCUUGUGUGGCGCGGCAAGCCCAGUUUUGCGCCGAAAUUGCGCCGCGCGUUAAUGGAAGCGGCACGAAACAAGCCGUGGGGCGAUGUAAAGCAGGUCGAAUGGUCAUCCGGCACCAACGUGCUCAAGAUGGAGGACCACUGCCAUUACAUGUUCAUUGCCCACGUCGAAGGACGAUCAUACUCCGCAUCCCUCAAAUACCGACAAGCCUGUAACUCAGUCAUCGUCGCACACAAACUCCAAUACAUCCAACACCACCACUAUCUCCUCGUUUCCGAAGGACCGAAUCAGAACUACGUCGAAGUCGAGCGCGACUUUAGCGACCUGGCCGACAAGAUCGAGCCACUGGUUCGCGACACCGACGCGGCGGAACGCAUCGCAAAAAACAGCGUCAAGACCUUCCGUGAGCGCUAUCUCACACCGGCAGCCGAAGCAUGCUAUUGGCGUUCGCUCUUUGGCGGCUACGGCAGCGUGUGGAACAGCACGGUGAAUCCAUGGUCCGUCCGAGACGGCAAGGAGCGCGGACUGCGGUACGAGUCAUUCGUGCUGCUGGAGAGUCCGAAGAUGCUCGAGUUCCGGGCCGAUGUGGCCUUUUCGUGA